AAUCUGGCAUUCUCAGAUGUAUUCUCAAUGUAGCGUCAAAAAUAGUCGGUAAAAUGUAUCGGCAAUUGUUUUUUAUAAACUUUCUUUUAGUUUUAAGUGAUUUUUGUGUUUGUCAAGUAAUGCAAUUUGGAGAGUGUGCUGUUGUUCGUCCGAUGGUACUUUUUGAAGUGGACAGGUUCACAGGACAAUGGUUUGUCAUCGAGCGCUUUCCGAACUGGUACGAGAAUGACGGCGCUUGCGCGUACCAGCGGAUCCAGUACUGCGCUCGACGCAUUGAAAUCGAACACGCGUACGUCAAGGACGGCAUCCAGUAUAUCCUGCACAUGAACUCAAGUUACACACCCGGGGCUGAAGCUGUGUUUGGUGUUCAGGAGAAUAGUGUUGAUUUGGUCGGUAUGCCCUUGACAGUGGUCAGUACUGACUACACGAACUACGCUGUCGUUCACGGUUGCAGGUACGAUGCGGGAUUAAGAUUGAAGUACAUUUCAGCAUGGAUACUCUCUCGGGAGCCAACGUUACCAGAGGAUCUCCUCAAACAAGCUCGCAACCAACUCACCUCCAUACCCUUCGCUAACGCGGCUUACCUGAAGUCCGUAGAUCAAAACGAAGACAAAUGUAAAUCAUACUGGACGGCUCAUGUUACAGCGGUCAACAUAAAUAAAGAUGAACUUAAAUAAAUUGACUGGAGACCUACGAUU